UAAUAAACUCCUCAAUUUCCUCAGCAACCAAGAACAAACAAGAACUCAGCUUUCACACACGCAAUAUCACGUAGUGUGUGUAAGCUGCAGCUGCUUUGCAAACUUCGUAAAUUUCAGGCUUUGAGCUGAUUGAGCGGCGAUGCGUUUCAGUUUUGGCGGCGCCCAAAGCCUAACCCAUGAAAUCGCCAUCAUCCUCACCUCAAAAAGACCCAAUCUUGAACCCUAAUUCCAGCCCCAACAAGAAUAUGCACGACCCGGAUGAGGCAUUGAAGCACGCUCUCCUCAAAUUGCGCCCGCGCCCCGUCUCGCAAUCCGGCUCGACAUCUCCUUACUCCGAGUCCGAACCCGAAUCCGACUCUUCAAACCCUAACCCUCUUCCCGCCGCCACCGCUCUGCUGUCCGAUGAGCUGCUGCUGAAAGUGCUGGAUAAAAUUCACGACAGGAAACAGCAUAUUACGAAUUCUUUGGUUUGCAGGAGGUGGUGCGUGCUGUCAGGGAAGCUGGUUAAGUCAAUUAAGUUAAUUGAUUGGGAGUUUUUGGAGUCAGGUAGGUUGAGCUUUCGUUUCCCUAAUUUAGAAGAUGUUAAUUUAGUUCCGGCUUGCAUCAAAUCUGCGAGAAAUUCUGGCAUUUUGUUGAGUAAUAAAUUGAUUGAGGUUCGUUUGAGUUCGGGGAUGGUUGAGAAUGGUGAAGGUCUGUUUGUGAGGAAAGGGGAUGUUUUUGAGUCAAAGGAAAUCGAUAUAGGGGUGGCGAUAUUAGCUGAAGGGUGCAAGAAUUUGAGGAGGGUAGUGCUGAUGAAUGUUAGUGAAGAAGGGCUGAGUUGUUUGGCGAAGGAAUGUGAGCUGUUGCAAGAGAUGGAGUUGCAUAAUUGUGGCGAUUUCGCGUUGAGGGGGAUUUAUAAUUGCAAGAAUUUGCAGAUUUUGAAGCUGAAUGGGAAUGUAAAUGGGGUUUAUGAUUCUGUAGUUUCUGAUAUUGGACUGACUAUACUGGCACAGGGUUGCAGCCGGUUAGUGAAGCUCGAGUUGGUGGGAUGUGAGGGGAGUUAUGAUGGUAUUAAGGCAAUAGGGCAGUGUUGCCAGAUGUUGGAGGAAUUAACUAUAUGUGAUCAGAGGAUGGAAGGUGGGUGGUUGUCGGCCUUGUCGUACUGUAGGAACUUGAAGAGUUUGAGUUUCCAGUCGUGUAAGAAGAUUGAUGAGAACCCCGGACUGGAUGAGCAUUUGGGAUCAUGUAUGAUUCUUGAGGAGUUGCAUUUGAGGAAGUGUCACAUGCAAGACAAGCAGGGUGUGAAGGCGUUGUUUGUAGUGUGUCAGAGUAUUAGAGAGCUGGUUCUUGAGGACUGCUGGGGAUUGGACGACAGUGUCUUUGCUGCUGCCACUAUUUUUAGCAGGAGCAUAAGAUCUCUCUCACUGAAAGGAUGCUCGAUACUGACAACACAAGGACUAGAAUCAGUACUCCUUUCUUGGAAGGAGCUUGAUAGGCUUAGAGUAGUUUCGUGUAACAAUAUUAAAGACAGUGAAAUAACUGCAGAACUGGCGACCUUAUUUUCCCUUCUCAAAGAGCUAAAGUGGCAGCCGGAUUCCCGGUCAAUGCUAUCUGCUAGCCUUGCUGGUACAGGUAUUGGACAGAAAGGCAGUAGAUCUCUCAGGUGGAACUAACGAUCUAAGCCACGAUACCACGCAUAUGUGCUUGUAUCCAUUUUGUUCGAGUGUAUUGGAUACAACCUUUUGCAAGUGAAGCCAACAAUUUUUGGUUGGGUGCUUGAUGAAGAUAAAAGUACAUCCAACCCAAUGAAGUUUUCCACUUUCUCUCUGUAAAAUUGCUUAGCCUCUUUACUUGUAUACAGUUUCUACCCUUUAUGGUGUAUUUUCUCACUGAUAAUAGUGUAGAACAGUUAGGAGUUGAGAAGCUGGAGUUUUAGUGAUACUUUAGAUGCAGACACAAAUUUUACAAGCAUAAUCCAUGAAAUCAGAGCGCAAAAUGUGCUUCUUGAUUCCAUGUGUUUUCUGUUA